AUGAUGUCCUCCGGUACUAGUAGAAGCAAGAACCGGCAGGCUGUGAGCCUGCAGGGAGUUGACCCAGAAACAUGCAUGAUAGUGUUUAAAACGCAUUGGGGACAGGUUGUAAAAAUCUUAGAGAAGCAUGACCCUUUGAAAAAUACUCAGGCGAAAUAUGGGGCAAUUCCAUCAGAUGAGGCCAGCACUGUGCAGAAUUAUGUGGAGCAUAUGCUUUUCUUAUUAAUUGAGGAGCAAGCAAAAGAUGCUGCAAUGGGGCCUAUCCUUGAGUUUGUGGUCACAGAGAACAUAAUGGAGAAACUCUUCCUUUGGAGCUUGAGGCGGGAGUUCAACGAUGAGACAAAAAUUGAGCAGCUGAAGAUGUAUGAGAUGCUGGUUACUCAGUCCCAUCAGCCUGUGCUGCACCACAAGCCCAUCUUGAAGCCUUUGAUGAUGUUGCUGAGCUCUUGCUCAGGAACAGCCACACCAGCUGUGGAGUUGGAGCUGGCUGUCCUGCUGAACCAACUCUGCUCUAUCCUAGCCAAAGAUCCUUCCAUUCUGGAACUGUUUUUCCACACCAGCGAGGACCAGGGAGCUGCCAACUUCCUCAUUUUUUCUCUUUUGAUUCCCUUCAUCCAUCGGGAAGGAACAGUAGGUCAGCAGGCUCGUGACGCUCUGCUCUUCAUAAUGUCCCUGUCAGCUGAGAACAACGUUGUUGCAAAUCACAUAGUAGAAAACACCUACUUUUGUCCUGUACUGGCAACAGGACUGAGUGGCCUCUAUUCAUCUUUGCCUACAAAGUUGGAAGAAAAUGGAGAAUGGCACUGUCUGCUGAAAGAUGACUGGCUCCUGUCCCCAGCUCUUGUUCAGUUCAUGAAUUCCCUAGAGUUUUGCAAUGCAGUAAUACAGGUGGCACAUCCCUUGAUUCGUAACCAGCUUGUGAACUACAUUUACGAUGGGUUUUUGGUGCCAGUAAUGGCUCCUGCACUCCAUAAGGUGACUGUGGAGGAGGUAAUGACUACAACUGCAUACCUGGAUCUCUUUUUGCGCAGUGUUUCAGAGCCAGCUCUACUCCAGAUUUUCUUGCAUUUCAUCCUGCUGCACCAGCAUGAGAAUGUGCACAUCCUAGAUACGCUCACGAGCCGAAUCAACACUCCAUUUCAGCUCUGUGUGGUAUCUUUGGCAUUGUUCAGAACUCUCAUCGGCUUACACUGUGAAGAUGUGAUGUUACAGUUAGUUUUAAGAUAUCUGAUCCCAUGUAAUCACAUGAUGUUGAGUCAAAGAUGGGCUGUGAGGGAAAGAGACUGUUAUUCAGUAUCUGCUGCUAAACUGCUUGCUUUGACCCCUGUCUGCUGCUCUACUGGGAUUACGCUGACUGUUGAAAACCAAGCAAAAGAUUACAUUUUAUGGACAAAGGCCACACCCGGUGCAGGUUCUUGCAUAGGCUAUUGUGAAUCCAUGUGCAUUGUGAAAUACGGAAGAGCUGUGGACAUCAGUUACCUGCAGUACCUGUGGGAAGCUGAAGCCAUCAUUCUCCACUGCAUGAAAGACUGCCGGGUUUGGUCUGCCCCAUAUGAUGGGGAAGACCCUGACCCAGACACCUUUAUCCAAACGCUGGCAGAGGAGAACAGUAAAAAUGUGGAGCACCCUACGUUCCGACUCCAGCAGCGAACUUCCAGUAACUGCAGCUCCUCUCAAAUUACUCCACUGGGAGAGAAGAUACAGUUGGAGCUGGAAUGGGAUGACAGCUACGACACAGGGAUUUCUCCUGGGUCUGAUGUGAGCUCACCCCAGCCUUAUGAUGAUCUAGGGACUGUAGAGAGACAACUGCCUGCAGAGCCCCCAAAACACAUUCAAGAGAUGAAGAAGAAUGCAAUCAUGCUUGUCAAAGGGUCUUACAUAGAAGAAUCAGAUUUUCAGGAUGAUGUCAUGGUUUAUAGGUUAUGUGCCCAAAAGGAUGCUCAGGAUGAUGACAAUUCCAAGGAGGAAACUUUAAGUACAGCAACUGAAUCUCAAAACACAAUUCAAAGCCAGCCCAUUAAGAGGUCUUUGAAAAACUCACAUCCAGACACAGAUUUAAAGGAACACAAUAGGAAAAAUUCUGGUUUGCCUCAGGAUACAAAGGAACAAAUAAACCAGAAAGCUGUUGAAACAGACCCACAACCAGACUUAGAGCUGAAACUCUCUCCUCCAGAAGCAGAUCAAAACUCAAAUGUGAGGCUGCUGAGCCCAGAUAGUGAAGAAUUCAUUGCACAAUAUGACAAAAUUAUUGAAGAACUGGAUUCUAACACAACAGGCUUGGAGGAGCAGAAAUUGCUGAUACCUGAUCCUGUAUCUCCAGUGGAAGAGGAGGAGGACUUUGAAAAUUUUUCAGUGGAAACUCCCUCUACAGAAAGUAUACUGUCUCCAUUUGGGCCAAAGGAGGAUACAUUUUCCAACCAUCCUGCAAGGAGCCAGAAUGCUGCAUUUACAGGGCCAUUCAUCAGCGUAGUGCUGUCAAAGCUGGAGAAUAUGUUGGAGAAUUCCUUGCAUGUUAACUUGCUGCUCAUUGGGAUUGUUACUCAACUGGCCAGUUACCCACAACCGCUUCUUCGUUCCUUUCUGCUCAAUACCAACAUUGUAUUGCAGCCUAGCGUACGGUCAUUAUAUCAGGUGCUGGCAUCUGUGAAAAAUAAAAUCGAGCAGUUUGCAUCCAUCCAAAAAGAUUUUUCAGGUCUUCUUAUACAGGCCCAGCAGUACUUACUUUUCCGAGCGGACAUGUCUGAUGUGGCUCCAGAGUUACUAACCAAAGAGAACAUCCAGCACAACAGCAGCACAGGGAAAGGAAGAAAUCUUUCUGAAGCUUCCCAAACCCUGCUCCAGCCUUUCUUGGGACACAGAGCAAAGAGAGUAACGGCUCUUCCUGGCAUUCCCUUGCCUGUGAGGAAUGCCGUGCUUGCAGCUGCCCUUUUCCCAGAGUUUCUGAAGGAGCUAGCAGCUCUUGCACAGGAACAUUCCAUCCUGGGUUACAAAAUACCGGGUGAUGUUGACGAUUAUUAUUAG